AAUCCAAGCCAAACUGUCAAAGCAGCGCCGCAAACUUUCAGGGACGCCGGUCGAGCUCGUUUUUUUCACGUGGUGCUUUUUCUAAAAGCUGCGAAACAUGGCCCAGUCGAUGAGCGAUAUCUUCCUGUCUUUUCAGCAGUAUCUGGAAACCGAGCAGGACCUAAGAGAGGAAAUCCGGGUGGUAGUGAGAGAGCUGGAGCAGACUGCCCGCGGCAUCCUGACCAUUCUGCAGGGCAUUCACCAACCGGACGGCCUCUCUAAGAUUCCAGAGCUUUGUCAGAAGUCAAAAGCUGCAUUUGCAAAUGUGAAAAAUCAGUUCCAAGUGCUCAAGUCUAAGGUUCCUGAGAAUCAGUACUACCGGUUCCACGACCACUGGCGCUUUGUGAGCCAGCGCCUGGUGUUCCUGGCGGCCCUCACGACCUACCUCGAAUCGGAGACCCUGAUCCAGAGGGAGGAGGUGGCCGCCAUGCUUGGGGUAUGCGUAGAUCACAACAAAGGAUUCCAUAUUGACCUGGAUGAUUAUCUGUCUGGACUACUGAUGCUUGCAGACGAACUUAGUCGCUUUGCGGUGAAUAGUGUCACCUCGGGAGACUAUAGCUGGCCGCUGAAGAUCUCUCGCUUUGUGACCGAGAUGAACCUGGGCUUCCGCCUGCUUAACCUGAAGAACGACAUGCUGAGGAAGAAGUUUGAUGCCCUCAAGUACGACCUCAAGAAGGUCGAGGAAGUCGUGUACGACCUGUCGAUUCGAGGCCUUAAGCCGUCCGGCGACGCCCAACCUCCUACUGACGCCUAGUCACAUAGGCGGGACUUUGCGAGUUGUGUCUCAGUACUUCUUUAUUUUCCAUUUUUUUUUCAAUCUUUCUGAAUAAAAGGAGGAAAGUCCUUUCA